CGGAUGGAGUGAGCUUCCUGUCUCUUUUAAUUGCUAAAACCCACGCAGGCAAGACACGGGAGGCAAGAGAUUGCUUUGUCUCGAUGGCAUUUGAUUAUGGGAUUGCUCCCACCAAGCAGCACUACUGCUGCGUGCUUGAUCUCUUGGGCAGGAGUGGACGACUCGGAGAAGCGAGAGAUCUAAUGGAAACAAUGCCAUUUGUGCCAGAUGCGCUCGAAAUGAGGUGUUUCUUGGGAGCUUGCAAGGCGAGGUGGAAAGAAUUUGUAAAGCAUGGCGCAAAGGAGGCUAUAGAAUUCGAUCAUAGGGACCCCGCAGCGUAUGUAAUAGUAGCAAACGCUCUCACGAAUUAAGUACUCCAUUGGCAAGCCGAGCCCCUCGACGACGUAUCUAGGGUUUAUGGCGUUCCGGAGAAAGGUCGUGGAGCGCCUCACUUCGACUGGCCUUCCCGGCAGCGUUCCUCCGCGAGGGUCCAAGGAGCGGUGGCAUCCCCGGAUCAUCGAUGUUACCACGGCGGACGACUACAAGCACUUGCUACACAAAAUCAAAGCGACUCCGAUCUCCUUUGGCGUUGUGUUCUUCACGUCGGAGGAGCGUUCCAAUUCAUGCCAGGAAUCCGAGGACGCUGUGUACAAAAUAGCCAAGAGAAAUUCAGAGGUGACAUUUUUGAGGCUCGAGGUGGAAGAGGAGGGAAUCCAAGAGAUUGUGGGGCAAAUAGACACAUCACGACUGCCAACCUUUUAUUUCUACAAGGGAGGAGAUGUGGUGGGAAAGCUUAUCGGAUCGUCUCCUUCCAAGCUCGAGGACUUGGUGGUGAGCUUCAUCCAUCACAAGGAACUAAGACGCCACAUACGCGUCAACGAGUUCUAGCCAGGAAGCUUUGCAGCUAUUCAAAUGAUUGUGUUGUUUCAUACAAGCUUUUCAUUUUUAUUUUCAAUUUUAGUAUUA